UCUCACCCGGACCACGACCGACCCGGAGCCGGUUUCGACCAACACGAUCGACAGCUCGGCAGCUCGUUCGCGCGGACUUGUGUCGGGGCGACUUGGGGACGUGGUGCGGCACCAAGUGACCGGCGACGCUCUUUCGUUACGCCUCCCAGCUAAGAUGUAGACGUUGUAAAAGAACUGAAGGCAAAUGAUGGAUUACGCAGUGAGUCAUCACCUGUGGCGCCCAUUGGCGGCUAUGUCCGUAAAUGAUCAUGACCAAAGAGGCGUCGUAGCCGUCUCGGUGUCACCAACGGAGACGGUGGCCUACGCGGUGAACUCGAUGUUCCCGGAGACGUCGACCACCGUCAACGACGACGUGAACGACGUCUGGUUCUCGAAGUACUACCGCAACAACUCCGAUUGGCUGUUCGAGAGUACCGACAGUUGGGAAGUAGAUAAUGUGAGUUCGGUGAAUAUGACAUUCGACGGUUUCGGGUUCGGUUUCGGUUUCAACAGAACUAACAUCGAUGAUACUAUUGAACUGAUUACUAUGAUCGUGACCGCCAUUCUGUUGGGGUUGAUCAUCUUAGCGACUGUAAUUGGGAACGUUUUUGUGAUAGCUGCGAUUCUUCUUGAGAGGAACCUGCAGAACGUGGCGAACUACUUGAUACUCUCGUUGGCUGUCGCUGAUCUUCUGGUGGCUUGUCUGGUGAUGCCUUUGGGGGCGGUUUACGAGGUCAGCCAGGAGUGGCGACUCGGUCCUGAGCUCUGCGACAUGUGGACAUCUAGCGAUGUUCUCUGUUGCACCGCUUCCAUUCUGCAUCUCGUUGCCAUUGCUCUAGAUAGAUAUUGGGCGGUCACAAACAUAGACUACAUCCAUCAACGCACCUCGAAACGUAUCGGUGUGAUGAUCUUCAUCAUCUGGGCGGUAUCCUUCCUAGUUUGCAUAGCACCGUUGCUGGGAUGGAAGGACGUGGAGUGGGACCAGAGAAUCCGUGACAAAAAGUGCAUCGUCAGUCAAGACCUGUACUAUCAAAUAUUUGCCACAGCAUCGUCGUUCUACCUUCCCCUCUUGGUUAUCCUGAUUUUGUACUGGAGAAUCUUUCAGACUGCGAGGAAACGUAUCAGGCGAAGGCAGGUGAUGACAGCUGUUAAGACACAGGCGAUGCAGAAUCCCGCUGCGGGUGGUAUUGCAGGUGGGCUGGCAGCUGCUAGUGGCACAGGCGGGAUAGCAGCUGCGGUUGUAACAGUGAUAGGUCGACCACUUCCGACAAUAUCAGAGACGACAACAGCGUUCACGAACGUUUCGUCCAACAACUCCAGUCCGGAGAAGACAUCUUUUGCUAACGGCUUAGAGGCUGACAUGCCUACAACCACCGACUGCAGUACAAACUAUCAACCCACCCCCAGCUACCCCAUCAAGAGAAAGUCGAGGGACGGGGUGGAUUCGAAACGCGAAAGAAAGGCCGCCAAGACUCUAGCCAUCAUAACAGGUGCGUUCGUGCUGUGUUGGCUGCCAUUCUUCAUCAUGGCCGUCAUACUGCCCAUAAACGCGAACCUCUUCGAGAAAUACCUGAUCUCGAUCUUCCUGUGGCUGGGCUACUUCAACUCCACACUCAACCCCAUCAUCUACACGAUCUUCAGUCCGGAGUUCCGGCACGCGUUCAAGAAGAUCCUGUGCGGCAGGAACUACGCCCGCCGCAACCGCAACUUCGGCGUGAAACAGUUUCAAUGAUGGCGGCAGGGUGAUCGCUUAGCUUCGGACGCGGAACCACCACCGAUGGCGGCCCGGCUGGCGGCCAGUGUGGCGGUUACCGCGGUCGCCUCGCGAAACGUGACUUUCAAGUGCGACUGAUCCGAAGAUAGGAGAUCACGGACCAACGUGAUUUCGCCGGUGGACUGUCACAGCAGCAACAGCAACAGUAGCAGUAGCGACAACGUCAAUAGGAGAGUAGUGCUUGAAAUGCAGCCCCUCUAACCCAAAGGGUCGGGCGAUUGUUGUUGAGUGUUUUGAGAGUUACUCCAUAGAAUGUCUGCUCAUACUUUAUAUCAUAUCUUGUGAUACAUUAUAUUGUAUAAAUAAAUUCUAAACAUAUU